CCUCGCACACACACACACACACACUCUCACUCACUCACUCUCUCACACACACACUUCCUCUCUCUCCUCUCUCUCCUCUCCUCUCCUCUGCUCCGCUCUCUCGCUCCUCUUCCAUAAGCGCAGCAGCAGCAGCAGCAGCAGCAGCACACACACACACACACACACACACUCAUACACACACUCUUUAUCUUCAUCGUCAUCAUCUUCUUCAUCAUCGUCAGCAGCAGCAGCAUCAUCAUCAUCAUCUUCAUCUUCAUCAUCAUCAUCAUCAUCUUCAUCAUCAUCAUCUUCAUCAUGGUCCUGUACCACCGUGAGUUUGAGGCCGCAGGUAAGAGCGCAGGUGUGCAGGUGUGGCGGGUGGAGCAGAUGGAGCUGGUGCUCGUACCUGUCGGUCUCCACGGCAGCUUCUAUGUGGGCGACGCCUACUUGGUGCUGCGCACCGUCCAGCAGAAGGACUCACGCUACUACGACCUGCACUACUGGCUGGGUAAUGAGUGCAGCCAGGAUGAGAGCACGGCGGCAGCCAUUUUCACCAUCCAGAUGGACGACUAUCUGGGCGGCAAACCGGUGCAGUACCGAGAGCUGCAGGGGUACGAGUCCACCACAUUCAGCAGCUACUUCAGAGGAGGAAUCACCUACAAGGCCGGUGGAGUAGCGUCGGGCUUCCAGCACGUGGUCACUAAUGACCUCACCGCCCAGAGACUUUUCCACAUCAAGGGUCGACGCGUCGUCAGGGCAACCCAGGUGCCUUUGGACUGGAAGAACUUCAACAAGGGGGACUGUUUCAUCAUCGACCUGGGCGCCGUGAUCUACCAGUGGUGCGGCUCCUCCUGCAACAAGUUUGAGAGGCUGAAGGCUGCGCAGGUGGCCACUGGUAUCCGUGACAACGAGAGGAACGGGCGCGCUCAGCUCGUGAUCGUGGAGGAGGGGAGUGAGCCUGAUGAGGUCACAAAGGUUCUUGGGAAGAAGCCGGAUCUGCCGGAGGGAGAUGACAAUGAUGAUAGCGCUGCUGACAUCUCCAACAGGAAAAUGGCCAAACUUUACAUGGUGUCAGAUGCCAGUGGUGAGAUGCGGGUGUCCUUGGUAACGGAGGAGAACCCGUUCUCCCAGAGCAGCCUCCUCUCAGACGAGUGCUUCAUCCUGGACCACGGCAAGAGCGGCCGCAUCUUUAUCUGGAAAGGGCGUAAUGCCAACCCCAGUGAGCGCAAGGCGGCCAUGAAGACAGCUGAGGGCUUCAUCAAACAGAUGGGUUACCCUGGCAACACCCAGAUCACAGUGCUCCCUGAGGGAGGGGAGACGCCCAUCUUCCAGCAGUUCUUUAAGAGCUGGCGUUCGCGGGAGCAGAGCGAAGGCUUCGGCCGCGUCUACGUCACCGAGCGCAUCGCCAACAUCAAGCAGGUGCCCUUCGACGCCUCCAAGCUGCACGAGUCCCAGCAGAUGGCUGCACAGUACAACAUGGUGGACGACGGCUCGGGCGAAACACAGAUCUGGAGGGUGGAGAGCAGCGGGCGAGUGGCUGUUGACCCAAAGGAGUUCGGGCAGCUCUACGGAGGAGACUGUUACAUCAUCCUCUACACCUACAAGAGGGGCCAGAUCAUCUACACCUGGCAGGGCUCCAGCAGUACUCGUGAUGAGCUUACAGCUUCAGCCUUCCUCACCGUGGAACUGGACCGGUCACUGGGGGACAACGCUGUGCAGGUUCGGGUGAGUCAGGGGAAGGAGCCGGCCCACCUGUUGAGCCUGUUUAAGGAGCGCCCCCUUGUGGUGUAUCGGAGCGGCACGUCCCGUAAGGGGGGCCAGACCCCCCCACCCCCCACACGCCUCUUCCAAGUGCGCCGCAACCUGGCCACCAUCACGCGCAUCGCUGAGGUGGAGGUGCGUGCGGGGAGCCUGAACUCCAAUGACGCGUACCUGCUGAAGAUGGAGGGGGUGGGGGGGGUGCUGUGGGGGGGUCGAGGGGCGUCUCAGGAGGAAGAGGACGGAGCCAAGUACGUCAGCCAGCUGCUGCACUGCUCCAGCCUCACACACAUCAAGGAGGGACACGAGACAGGGGAGUUCUGGGCUGCUCUGGGCGGUAAAGAGGAGUACCAGACAUCCGACCGCCUGGAGAGUCAGACGCUCAGCCAUCCACCUCGUCUCUUCGCCUGCUCCAACAAGACCGGCAAGUUUGUGAUUGAGGAGGUGCCGGGCGAGUGGUCUCAGGAUGACCUGGCGGAGGACGACGUCAUGCUGCUGGACGUCUGGGAUCAGGUCUUUGUAUGGAUUGGCAAUGAUGCUAAUGAACUGGAGAAGACAGAAUCACUGAAAUCAGCGAAGGCGUACAUAGAGUCGGACCCGUCGGGGCGGGACAAGGGCAUGGCGGUGGUGGUGGUCAAGCAGGGGCACGAGCCGCCCACCUUCACCGGCUGGUUCCUGGCCUGGGACCACGCCCGCUGGGGGGGGCAUGAUGCCGCCCGCGCCCUGGGGUCACUUAAGGUCAAAUAGAGCAGAGCGCAGCAGCACGAGGCAUGGGCACACACACACACACACACACACACACACACAGGACGCCUCAGGAAUGCCGGGCCUUCUUUAAAGAGGCUGUUUUUUUAUGAGUUGUUUUAUACUUUUUUUGCUGAAGCUGGAAAGUUGAUAUAUAUAUACAGUAUAUGCACUUUUUAAACAUGAGGCUGUUUUUUUUAUUUAGUUUACAAUAGAAUGCAGUUUUGUUGUACUGUAACUGUAAACUGUAUCCUCGCUUGCUUCAUUAAAUGAAAGAAUACAAAUGG